UGCUUAACACACAAACUCAGAUGGAACUAAGGUCAGUCACUGCUGAGCGCUUCUGCUGCCCUAGCAGGUGAAGAUGGACCUUAGCAGGCAGUGAGCUACAAAGCGCAGAAGUGUAUGCGAAUUUACGUAGGGAAAGGUUGAGCAAGAAACCUGACUAGACCAAAAAUAAAAAAUAUUAACGAGCAGGCGACCGAGUGCGGCUCACCUGUCUGUAUAGAUCUGUGUUUUAACAUAUCAAACCAUUGUCCAACAGCUCAUGACAACGUGAAAGUGUUCAUCUCUCACGGCGGCCUGAACAGCGUGCAGGAGUCCAUCUUCCACGCCACACCCCUCCUUGUCCUCCCCGUCUUCACUGACCAACCAACGCAAGCUGUGUUUGUGGAAAGCUCGGGUCUGGGUCACAUGCUGGAGUGGGAGGAACUUACUGCCGAUAGGAUUGUCAACGCCCUCACUGAUAUUAUAAACGAACCAAAGUACAAAGAGGCCGUGUCGGUGAUGUCGGCGUCCUUAAGGGAUCAGCUGACUACGCCGCAGGAGCGCGCCGUCUUCUGGACGGAGUACGUGAUCCGCCACCGAGGGGCGCCGCAGCUGAGGUGCACGGCCACCCAGCUGUCCUGGGUGGAGUUCCUGCUGCUGGACGUGGUGGGCCUCCUGCUGAUGGCCCUACUGCUCCUGCUGCUGCUCCUGCGUCGCUUCUCUUGGGCAGUGUUUGCCUUAGUCUUUACUGACCGUGUCAAGAAAAAGAAGGAGUGACGCGAGACAAAGUGAAACUUGUUUGUAAGUGAUGGUUUAUAACAACCGCAUGUUGUAUAGAUACAGAACGGGAAAGACCAAUGAACUACCUUGAUUUAUCGUACUUUUCACACUGUAACUUUGUAUGUGAACCUGUUGUUAACCACCGCUGUCAGUUGAUAAGCAUCCAUAGGUUUAUUUCGUUACACUUGUGUGUCAACAUUGACGGAUGUCCGUGUUGUGCUAUUUUCCUUAGGAAUAAAUUAUUCCCAGGUUUUGUAAUGAGUAAAAUGUCUUUCAUUGGCGACUAUAGCAACUGUAUUGAAACAGAGACCCGUUGUAUGAAGGGAUAGCUUUAUUAAUUUUAAUGAGUGGAUGGUGUGACAGUAAGCACCUGAAAAAAAUGUAAAGGGUAUAUAAGAUAGUUGUUGUUCCCUUGUUCCUAUAGAUAGUUAAGUAGUUAUACUAUGAUAAGUUCUCCAUCGAGAGCCAGUAUUAACACCGUGACCUGUCGCUGCACUUGUAUCAGUGGCUGCUUCACCGCCAACAGUAAAAGACUCACCCGGCAUCAAUACGUUUCUCUGCCCUCGAAACAUCCUACAUGACGCAGUGAGUUCAAGAUCUUUCACGGACCCGGCA